CACCAUCAUCAUCAUCAUCAACAUCAUCAUUGUCAUCAUCAUCAUCAUCAUCAUCAUCACUGUCAUCUGCUGCAUCAACUUCAGUUUUCUGGUAGUUUCCACCAUCUGUUGACAAUUUUUUCCUCGUUUAUCAAGCAGAGAUAAUGAUAAUUACAUGCUUCUAAGUCCACAUCAUCACCAUAAACCAUUGUUUAUUGCAAUCGUUACCAACGUUAUUAUUAUUAUUAUCACAUUGCUAUUAGUAUUUUACCAAACCAAAAUCAAACUGACAUUUUAAGUCCAUCUUACUGAACGAUGAAUAAUUUCAUGGAAUUUACAUUCUAAAACACAGAGAUUAUUGACUAAAAUCAUGUUCUGAAUCAACAACAUUUGUGAAACAUGGCUUCCCAAUCUGAACAACGUUUAUUGCACGAGCUCUUUCGAGAGCAAGCGAAAAGGACACCUUACAAUAUUGCUGUACAUGGCAUCAAAGGAGAGACAAUCACUUUUCAAGAACUGGAUCAGUGCACAGAUGUUUUGGCAAAUAUUCUUCAAAGUAAAGGUGUGGUACCAAAUUCAUCAGUGGCUAUUUAUUUGGAAAAAAGUCUGGAAUUUACUGUCUCCUAUUUAGCCAUAUUAAAAGCAGGUGGCGCUUACUUACCUUUAGAUAUUUCUUAUCCUGAACACCUAAUAAAAUCCAUUAUUGAAGAAGCAGAACCAAAAUGUGCACUUAGUACACAGCAACUCAGGAGCAGGCUUCCCGAAAAUGCCGAUGUAGUCAUUGUGGACAUCAAUGAACUUCUUCAGUUGAAGGACUCUAAACCCUUGAAACCCGUAUCAAUGGACUGGAGUAACCUGGCAUAUGUAGCAUAUUCAUCAGGGACAACAGGCAAACCAAAAGGAAUAAAAUGUCCACACAGAGGAGCUGUGCUCUCAUAUAAAUGGCGCCAUAAAGAAUUUCCUUACAAACCAGAUGACAAAGAAGCGUGUAAUGUUUUCUUCAUCUGGGAAAUGCUGCGUCCACUUUUAAAAGGUAUUCCAAUGUAUAUAAUCCCCGACAAUGUUAUCUACGACCCGAUUCAACUGUGCAAGUUCCUUAAAAAUAAUCAAAUUACUCGUAUGUUAUUUACUCCAUCCCUUUUGGAAGUCACCUUGAAUACCAUCAACCUAAAACAUCUUCAGGACUGCUUUUCUAGCAUGAGAAUCAUUAUAUUCUGUGGGGAAGUUGUUACCACACCAUUUUUCAAAAGGUGUAUUGCAUCUUUACCUCACAUCCAGUUUGUCAACCUCUACAGCAUAUCUGAAUGCCACGAUGUUGCGUGUGUGGAUCUAACGCAGUGCUAUACACAUGACAAGGAUGCUUUUGAAAGUCGGAAGUUUUCUCCAGUCGGUAAACACCUGCCUAAUGUAGAUAUAGUGAUCAUGAAUGAAAAUCUGGAACAUCAACCUGUAGGAGUGUCUGGUGAGAUUUAUAUUGGUGGUCCAUCACUCGCCUGCGGUUAUCUGAAAAUGCCCAAGCUAAAUGCUGAAAGAUUCAUAAAGACCAAACUGUCCCCAAAUAACCAACCCACUCAACUGUAUCGAACUGGUGACUGGGGUUACAUGCUGUCCAAUGGUGACCUGGAGAUAUGUGGACGGUGUGAUUCCAUGGUGAAGAUCAGAGGUUAUUCAGUAGAGGUUCAGGCUGUGGAAGCGUCUCUGAUGUCGCUGAGUUCAGUGAAUAACUGUGUGGUAUUGGUAAAGGGAAAUGAAGGAGAGGACAAAUUCCUCAUUGCCUACGUGGUCACCAAUGGUGAGGUCACACGUAAAGAUGUCAGAAACCAGCUAAAGAAGAAAUUACCAUUUUACAUGAUACCAUCGUACAUCUUGUUUCUAGAAAGUAUUCCAGUUGUCCCAGCAACCGGCAAGCUGGAUAAGAAAGCUCUACCAGAAUACAACAGCCAGUUGUUGGAUACCAUUGAUUUAAGUGGUGUCCCAAUAACAGAUACAGAGAAAAAACUUGCCAAAAUUUGGAUGACAGUUUUACAACUAAGUACUAUUGACAUUGAAGAGAGCUUCUUUGAUUUAGGAGGACAUUCCCUUUUAGCAGCAACACUCCUUAAUGACUUGAAAGAAGAAUUUAAAGUGGAACUCAAUGUAAAAGAUUUGUUUCUGUUCCCAACAGUAAAGCAACAGGCUCAACUAAUUGAGGGCCGUCUCAACUUAAGUCCAUCUCUCGACGGAGAUGAACAAAUGUACAUCCAACCCAAUCUACUCGAAGAAGUGGAGCGACAUGAUCCUGGUUUUGUAAAUAUUGACAUGAGCCUGAGAGCAUUCUGGAGAUCUUUCCAUGUUGGCAAUAGGUGGCAUAAAGGAAGAAUUUUUGUCACUGGAGCAACAGGAUUCUUGGGAGCAUUUUUGAUUCAGGAGCUUCUUUUAAACACAAAGACAUUUAUUUACUGUCUUGUCCGAGAACAACCAAAUAUGGAUAGUAAGAAGCGGCUGAUGGAUUCUUUAAAAAAAUUUGGUAUUUUGCCUAAAGAAGCGACCAAAGCAACAGAAAAACAGAAGAAUGUUGCAAAUCUAAUAAAAAGCAGAGUAGCAACUGUCAAAGGUGAUGUGGCCAUCGCCAACCUGGGAAUGAACAUGGAUGACUACCUGCACAUGUGUACCGAGAUAGACUUUAUCAUUCAUGCUGCAGCAUUGGUAAACCUAGCCUACCCAUACAAUGCUCUGGAAACACCAAACGUACAAGGUACCCAUAACAUCAUACUGUUUGCCUUCACAGGUAAAGUGAAACCUCUGCAUUACAUCAGUACUGAUGCUGUGUUUCCCCAUGGUCUACAGAAGUGUAGUGAGGACAGUGACAUCACCAUUUACCACGAACAGCUUACAGAAGGUUAUUCACAGUCAAAGUGGGUGGCUGAGCAACUUGUACAGAAGGCUAAGAAAAGAGGGCUUCCCGUUGUGAUCUACCGCCUAGGUAAUUUAGCAGGUGACAGAGAUAAUGUCUGUUGGAAUCCACAAGACUUCACCCUGCUAAUGCUCCAGUCUGCUACAAAAUUCCACAUUGCUCCAGAUAUUGACUGGAGAAUGGAAAUGACUCCCGUAGAUUUCACAGCCAACAUCAUUGUUCGUAUAACUCAGAACCUUUCUUUAGCAGUUGGCAAAGUUUUACACAUUAUCAACACAAGACCAGUAAAGAGCAGUUGGGUGUUUGAAUGGAUGAACAGUCAUGGAUACAGUGUCCGAACCAUUCCAUUUGAGGAUUGGCGCGACAGAAUGAAAUUAGAGAGUACACUAUCCAAUGAAAAUAAGAAGCUAUGGGGACUUGUGGAGAAUUAUGCAAUAAAUGCUCAGUUUUUUUCUACUCUAAGUACAUUCAGAAAUUGCAACCUGCUUGAAAUUCUGGAGAAAUUAGGCCUGACAUAUCCUGAUAUAGAUUCGGCUCUUUUGAAACUAUACUUUGACAAACUUUGUCGCCAAGGAGUAUUCCAGAGAUUAUCAAGAAUGAGUGCCGUCAAUACCAACAUACAUGGCAAAGUUGUCAUUGUAACGGGUGCAUCAAGUGGAAUCGGUUGUGCAAUUGCAGAAGCCUUUGUUAAAGCAGGUGCAAAUGUUGCUAUGGCUGCUCGCAGGGAAGAUAAGCUGCAGGAAUUAUGCAAGAAGUUCUCAGAAGAUGCUCAAGGCCAUGUCAUUGCUGUUAAAACAGAUGUUACGAACAAACAGCAGGUAAAAGAACUUGUUCAACAUACGGAAUGUUCUCUUGGACCAGUUGAUAUUUUGGUCAACUGUGCUGGCGUUAUGUAUUACACAUUGAUGAGAAAUCUCAAAGAAGAAGAAUGGGAGCGUAUGAUAGAUAUUAAUUGCAAGGGUGUGACUAACUGUAUUGGUGCUGUCCUUGAUGGGAUGAUAAAGAAAAAGUCUGGUCAUAUUGUCAACAUAUCCUCUGAUGCAGGAAGAAGAGGUUUUGCUGGUUUAGCAGUAUAUUCUGGAUCAAAAUUCUUUGUUGAAGGUUUAUCUCAAGCUCUAAGACAAGAGGUGGCUUCCUUGGGAAUACGAGUAACAUGCCUUCAACCUGGUGAUGUGAAAACAGAGCUAUUAAAUCAUACAACAGAUCAGGAGGCAAAGAAUUUGUAUGAUGGUAGCAGUAAUACGAAGAUAUUAGAGCCUGAUGAUGUUGCACAAGCUUGCAUCUAUGCUACAUCACAACCAGCCUAUGUUGCCGUUAAUGAAAUUCUAAUAGAACCAAGAGAAGCACCAAUUUGAUACAAUACUAGACAGUUCAAAUUUGUGAUUAAAAAAAUACUAGGAAAGAAUGAUAGACUUAAUUAUGGAAGUCGACAAAUAUUUUUUUGUAUUUUGAAUAUCAUGAACACAAUUUGCUAAAAUAAUCUAAAAAGAAUCUGAUCUAUACUAAAUAAUUUUAAGAUUAAUAGAGACUUUAAAAACAUUUUGGAAUGUAAUUUUUAAUUAAAUCAUUGAUAUAUAAAUCUAUUUGUAUGUUCUGGUUUCACAUUUUAAAACGUUAAAUAUUCUGGGUAUUGGAAGAGAGUAUCUUGCUAUGAUAAAGGCAGUGGCAGAAAUGAUAGAGCAAGACUCUAAAUUGUAGUGUUUAGGUCCACUUUUCUGUGUUCUGUAUUUAAAUAUUACUCAGAUUCACUUUACUCUUCAGCCCUCCACAGUUAAUAAAUCGAGUAUCAAUAAUAGAAUGAGGAUGAGACAAUCAACAAAAUUUUGCCAUUUACCUAAUCAUAGGAAAGCAAUAUUUUGCUGUAAUAUCUUGCAAACUCAAAAGGUGUUUCAAUAUCUGAAAUAUCCUAUUUAGAAAGAAACAUCAUUUUCAAACUAUUUCAACUGUUAUUACAACGUUAUAAGAAAGAAUAGCAAACCAUUUUCUCUACUUCUGGUUAUUAUACAAAUAAAAAUAAUGGGGACAUAUUUAUGGACCAAGUAAAAUAUGCACAGUUAAUUGAAUACUUCUUCUAUAUCUAAAACAUCAGACAAAACAUUACUAAUAUCAAGGAGAAUUGGGUAAAAAUAUUAAACUCAUGUGGUUUCCUUAUGUUAAAGUAUUCUGAAAAAUGUAUUAAAGAAUUACCUUUCUUGCUGGAAUAAAUUUAUUAUAACAUCUU